AUAUGGGUAGGAGUGAUAAAAAAAAAUAUCGCACGCGAAGGAAGACACGUCGUUGCGUUACGUCACAGCUAAGCCGAGGCGAACCGGACUGCGUGCUAAUGCUAACGCUAAGACCAGCGCAUCUGCUGGGGUUCAGACAACUCUUUUUAUAAGUGGAAGACAAGUGAUCUCUUCUCCGAGGAGAAGUUGGAGGGUUUUAUUAUUGUUGUUAUUAUUGUUAUUAUUAUUCUUCCGAAAUGGGCUCUCUGUUUCGGAGUGAGGAGGUGUGUUUGGCCCAGCUGUUCCUGCAGUCCGGCUCGGCUUAUGAGUGCAUUAGUGAACUCGGGGAGCUCGGACUGGUCGAGUUCAGAGAUCUCAACCCGAGUGUUAACGUCUUCCAGCGCAAGUUCGUCAACGAGACCAAGAGAUCCGAAGAAAUGGAGAGGAUUCUGGGAUAUCUUCUGAGAGAGAUUAAGAAAGCAGACAUCGCUCUGCCUGAGGACGAGGUGAACCCCAUGGCUCCGCUGCCCAAACAUGUGAUGGGAAUUAUGGAGCAGCUUCAGCGGCUGGAGCUGGAGCUCAGUGAGGUGAUGAGGAACAAAGAGAAGCUGCAGAAGAAUCUUCUGGAACUGAUUGAGUAUUCACACAUGCUGCGCAUCACACGCAACUUUGUCCACCGCACCGCCGAGCAGAGAGAGCCGAUGCGGGCUCAGUAUGAAGAGUUUCCUUUCCUGGAGAAAGACUCGGCGAUGGACUACGCCAGCAUGCAGAGGCUCGGGGCCAAACUCGGGUUUAUCUCCGGCCUGAUCCCCAGUGUGAAGAUCGAGGCGUUUGAGCGCAUGCUGUGGCGAGUGUGUAAAGGAUACACCAUCCUCAGCUACGCCGAGAUCGAGGAGAGCCUAGAGGACCACAGCACGGGCGAGCCCACCCGAUGUGCCGUCUUCCUCAUCUCCUACUGGGGCGAUCAGAUCGGACAGAAAGUGAAGAAGAUCUGCGACUGCUACCACUGCCACCUGUACCCGUACCCUAACAGCAACGAGGAGAGGAACGACGUGGUCGAAGGUCUCCGCACGCGCAUUCAGGACCUGCACACCGUUCUGCACCGGACGGAGGACUACCUGAGGCAGGUGUUGAACACGGCUUCGGAGUCCGUGUACACGUGGGUGAUCCAGGUGAAGAAGAUGAAGGCCAUCUACCACAUCCUCAACCUGUGCAGCUUCGACGUCACCAACAAGUGCCUGAUAGCGGAGGUUUGGUGCCCUGUUAACGACCUGCCUGCCCUGCGGAGGGCGCUGGAGGAAGGCUCGAGAAAAAGUGGUGCAACGGUUCCUUCGUUCGUCAAUCGCAUUCCCAGUAACGACACUCCGCCCACGCUCAUACGGACCAAUAAGUUCACCUCCGGGUUUCAGAAUAUAGUGGACGCCUACGGAGUGGGCUGCUACAGGGAGGUGAACCCAGCUCCGUACACCAUCAUCACCUUCCCCUUCCUGUUCGCUGUGAUGUUCGGAGACCUCGGCCACGGGCUCAUCAUGUUCCUCUUCGCCUUCUGGAUGGUCCUGUACGAGAAGGACCGCAAACUGAAUAAAAGCAGGGAUGAGAUCUGGAACACGUUUUUCGAGGGGCGCUACAUCAUCCUGCUGAUGGGUGUUUUCUCGGUGUACACCGGGUUCAUCUACAACGACUGUUUCUCCAAGUCGCUGAACCUGUUCGGCUCCGGGUGGAGCGUCAAAGCCAUGUUCGACCAUGGAGAGUGGCAGAUGAGCACAGUACAAUCGAACAGUUUCCUCACACUGGACCCUAACGUCACUGGGGUCUUUAACGGGCCGUACCCUUUCGGCAUCGAUCCGAUUUGGAACCUGGCGUCAAACCGACUCACGUUCCUGAACUCCUAUAAGAUGAAGAUGUCCGUGAUUUUGGGGAUCGUUCACAUGUCCUUCGGUGUCAUCCUGGGCGUCUUUAACCACCUACACUUCAGGAGGAAGUUCAACCUCUACCUGGUCUUCCUGCCCGAGCUGCUCUUCCUGCUCUGUCUUUUCGGCUACCUGGUCUUCAUGAUCGUCUACAAGUGGUUAUCCUUCACGGCGCGAGACUCCCAGCGAGCUCCCAGCAUCCUCAUCCAAUUCAUUAACAUGUUCCUCAUGCAGGGAGGCUCGGGACAGCCGCUCUAUACGGGACAGACAGGACUGCAGGUGUUCCUGUUACUCGUCGCUCUUCUCAGUGUUCCUGUGCUGUUGUUCGGGAAGCCGCUCUACCUCUACUGGCUCCAUAAAGGCAGGAAUCGAUUGGGCAUGUACAGGGGAUAUGAGCGUGUACGGCACAGCAGUGACGAGGAAAUCUCUCUCAUGCGCACCCAUGAUUUAGAGGAGGGCACCAGCCUGGACAGUCACUCCAACAGUUCAGACAGCCAAUCAGAAGAGUUUGAUUUCGCGGAUGUGUUCCUGCACCAGUCAAUACACACUAUCGAAUAUUGCCUGGGCUGCAUCUCCAACACCGCGUCCUACCUCCGACUGUGGGCCCUGAGUCUGGCACAUGCACAGUUGUCGGAGGUGCUGUGGGCGAUGGUGAUGCGUGUCGCUCUGCGUGUAGACAACAGCGUCGGAGUGCUGCUCCUCGUCCCCGUCAUGGGCUUCUUUGCCGUCCUGACCGUCUUCAUCCUGCUGGUGAUGGAGGGACUUUCCGCUUUCCUGCACGCGCUGCGCCUCCACUGGGUGGAGUUCCAAAAUAAGUUCUACAGCGGCGCUGGAACCAAGUUUUCCCCGUUUGCCUUCUCUCUCCUGCACAUGAGCUUCGAGAGCGAAGGAUUGCUCUGAACACUGUGACCCUCACACACGCUCUGCUCGGAAAAAGCCGAGCUUUACAGAAGUGCCAGAGUGAUCUGGAACAGAUCGAGCCUCAAUGCUGUAUAACGUUCUCCUUUUUUAAUGUCUGUAUGUCUGUAUGAAUAUAUAGUGUUGCACUGACUACCUUAAAAGUCCAGACAAAUACUGAGACUAAAACGAACUUGAGGACGCUUCAUUCACAAUCAUCGCCUUCUAAUGUCGUCCAGCUCUCUGGCUUUCAAACAAGGGGGG